UGGAUGGGGACCAUUCGGCCCGACAGAGCGAGAUCCGAUCUCUGUGUCUUGCAGGCAGGCCUAGUCUUUCAUCUUGCUUGUUCUCUCUCAUAUGAGGUCGAUACUGCGGUAUCUUGUGAUACUACCGACGAAGCCCAAAUCUUGCAAAUCUAUUUCACACGGACUAUUCGCCCAUGCAGCAUGGAGUUGACUAUGCAUGCAGCGCUGCCGUCUGCCAUUCAGCUGGCGAGGGCUCAGCAAAUCCCUGCCCGCGGCCACACGGUCACAAACGAGACUUAGACUCCCCAGCCGCCAACCUGAUGUUUUGCGGUGCCACUCGGCGCCGAUUUCUGCCUACCAGAUCAGUCCCAAGCCUAUAAGGUGUGUGUGGCUUCAGGAUUCUCGACCGCUAGCCCCCGCACUUGCGGCUUUGUGCCGGGUUGCCAAAGAGGCUAACGCCUGUCCACGCGGCAUCCAUUCUUCGCUUGACCUCCCUGAUCCGUGGCAGCGAGGCGACGAUCCAUGCGAAACGGAGGAUUGGCUUCGGAAUCUGGGGGCCUCGCGGUACCGACGGCGUGCUCAUGGCUUGGGGGUUGCACGUGUGAGGCCCGCUGAAGCGCUACCGGCGACUAAUGGCAGCUGGUCCGCACGCUCUGGAGGCUUUUUGCGGAGCAUCGCGAGAUCGAUGAUCAGGGUAUCUCUGCGGCAUGGACCGGAUUACCCCCAUGGCCUUUAACUUUCCAAACGUUGGGGGUUUCCCGCGCCCGGAUUUUAUUGUUGCUUGCACUACUUUGCUCGUGCGUCUUACUGCUAGCAGCAUCGUCCGAUAAACUUCCGUGCGCGCAGCGUGUUGGGUCCGGAUUACAGCCACUCAAUCUCCUUCCAAACUCCACAGCGGGCGGCUCAGGCCGCGCCAGCCGACGGUGACAUACGAGGCUGAGAAUAAGCGUUAUGAGCUGGCGGCUGGGCACAAUGUUCUGUGCAUGGUUGAC